AAUGCAAAGGAAUGACUUCACAAGGACUAGAGAUUUAAAUGACUUCACAAGCUCUUGACCUCUUCAUGCAUACGGUGGUUCUGCAUAAUUGUUGAGAAAGUCUACUUAUGUGGAAGAAUGGUCAAAGUUUUAAAUUUCAAUUCAGGUUUUUCCUAGAACAUGCCAAUGCAUAUUAUAAUUUCCUUGACCAGGUCCGCGUGGAAGAUGGCAAGGAAACUGCUUCGCAUAUUGUCAAGUCGAGAAAAGAGGCCUUAUCAUAAGUUCAUAACACAAGAGAUGGAUCAGUCGUUGACAUUUAAUCUCUCAGCAGCUCAUCCUUUUUAGUAAUCGAACGAUCAUGGAUUCAACGACCAAUGAAGGAGCCUCUUCCUCUUCGUCUUCUUCUUACACCCAUUCAUGGACAUAUGAUGUCUUCCUCAGUUUUAGAGGAGAGGAUACCCGCAACAAUUUUGUUGGUCAUCUGUACAACAAUUUGGUUCGGAAGGGAAUCAAAACCUUCAUAGACGACGAGGCGCUUAAAAGAGGAGAGGAAAUAUCGGCAGCGCUUCUCAAAGCAAUCGAGCAGUCGAGGGUUUCUGUUGUUGUCUUCUCCGAAAACUACGCUUCCUCAGAGUGGUGCUUAGAUGAACUCGUUCACAUCUUUCACUGUAAAGAACAACUGCAGCAGAUGGUUUUUCCAGUUUUUUACAAGGUGGAUCCAUCGGAUGUGAGGAACCAAACAAAGAGUUUGGGCAAGGCACUUGCUCACCAUGAAAGCAAACUCAAAGAUAACAUGGACAAGGUGUUGAGAUGGAGAGAAACUCUUACAAAAGCAGCAAAUUUGUCUGGCUGGUCAUUCCUGGCCGACGGGCCUGAAUAUAAAUUUAUUCAAAAAAUUAUUGAAGAUAUUUCGGUCCAAGUUUUAGAUAGUACCCAUUUGAAUGUGGCAAAGUAUCCAGUCGGAAUACAGUCUCGUGUCAAACAAUCCAGUUCGGUUUUUUUGGAUCUUGGAUCUGCUCCUGUCCUCGAUCGCGAGCAAUUCGAGAGAGACCGAGAUCGAGAUCGCAGUCCUUCAAAGGCACAAGAUUUUAGGCAGCCGAAAACUCAGAUAAGCAGCAAGAUGAGUCUGAGGAAGAAGUUUGAAAUAGUUUGCAAAUUCUUAACCGUUUUGUAUUACAUCAUCAUCGUAGUACUUGUGGCCAGACACCACGAUUUUUUUAGGGAAAUUUUUAUAGAAAGUAUAAUAAAUUUACCUAAAGUUGUCUAGUCCGCUUAAGUGCCCCUAGCCGCCUAGGCACAAGGUUCUAAUCCAUCGCCCUACUAGCGCCUAUCGUCUUUUAGAACUUUAGUUAUAUUAGUGGUGGGAGUUAAAUAGGCGUAUGCCUAGCCUAUGGAGCUCGCGAAAUAAAGGGAUAAUUUUUAUUUUGUAUUUCAUUUUUUUAAUAAAAUGAAAGAGACUUUUGAAUA